AUGAAUUCUAAGCAUGGCCACCUCGCACAGCCCCUGUCCCUGUUCUCGGACUCAGCCGAGCCGGCUGGGACCUUAGACCUUGCACCCUUGUUCAGGGCCAGUCCCAGUUUAUCUGUUAAAGUUCCAGAGUCGAGAUUUGACCGAGACUCGGGGGACAGUGAAGAAGGGGAGGAAGAAGUGGGUGAGGGGACCCCACAGAGCAGCGCCCCAACUGAAGGGGACUACGUGCCUGACUCCCCAGCCCUGUCGCCCAUUGAGCUCAAGCAGGAGCUGCCCAAGUACCUGCCGGCCCUGCAGGGCUGCCGCAGUGUGGAGGAGUUCCAGUGUCUGAACAGGACCCUGCCCCCCACCUGGCCUCCAGCACCUCUGUCCCUGCAGGUGGGUGACUUUGGCCUGGCGCGGGAGUACGGCUCACCCCUGAAGGCCUACACUCCUGUUGUCGUGACCCUGUGGUACCGCGCCCCAGAACUGCUGCUGGGUGCCAAGGAGUACUCCACGGCCGUUGACAUGUGGUCUGUGGGCUGCAUCUUCGGGGAGCUACUGACGCAGAAGCCACUGUUCCCCGGAAAGUCAGAAAUCGAUCAGAUCAACAAAGUGUUUAAGGACCUAGGGACCCCCAGCGAGAAAAUCUGGCCCGGCUACAACGACCUCCCCGCAGUGAAGAAAAUGACCUUCAGCGAGUACCCGUACAACAACCUCCGCAAGCGCUUCGGGGCCUUGCUGUCGGACCAGGGCUUCGACCUCAUGAACAAGUUCCUGACCUACUUCCCCGGGAGGAGGAUCAACGCGGAGGACGGCCUCAAGCACGAGUACUUCCGGGAGACGCCGCUCCCCAUCGACCCCUCCAUGUUCCCCACGUGGCCUGCCAAGAGCGAGCAGCAGCGAGUGAAGCGCGGCACAAGCCCGCGGCCCCCCGAGGGCGGCCUGGGCUACAGCCAGCUGGGCGAUGACGACCUGAAGGAGACGGGCUUCCACCUCACCACCACCAACCAGGGGGCCUCGGCUGCCGGCCCUGGCUUCAGCCUCAAGUUCUGACGCGGGGCCGGGCCCGGCCGCCAAGUGAGUCUGGACCCAGCUCCUGCCCGCCUGGAUGCAGCUCCUGGGGCUGGAGGUGCCGAGUCGAGACGCCCAAAUCUUGGGCUCGUCCUCUUGGCUUUCCACCUUCUGUUUUGUAUAUUACUUUGGUUUGUAAAUUCGUAGAAUUAAACCACGUUUUCCUCAUGGAA